AUGUCCAGUUUUGUGCUAACACGAAACCAGGAGAUCCCUCAGUCUUUAUCAUUGAAACAAUACGACGCCAGAGAUCCGAUGAACGACAAGAGCUAUUCAUCGUGGACUUACCUGAUCGAUCUGUGCCGCCUUUGUGGAGAGCUGAUACUUCCAAUGCCGACAUUGCCGCCGGGGCUACUAUCAAACACCAUCGACAGAGCCGACUCCAGAAUCGUGAGUUGGUUGAUCACUCUGCCUAAAUGGAAACAACACUUGGUAGAUUCGGAAGGCACUGUCGACAUGAUUCUCUUUCACGCGAUUUCAUAUGCGCACGACUUGAGGAUCAAGAUGCAACUACCUUUGGGAGCUUCGGAAUUCGGUAUUCAAGACAUUUUGACCCUUGGUCCGCUCUUUGGGAACCGAGAUCUCUUGCCUCCGAUGAUACCACGGUCCCUUGCCUCUCCCUACCCGUGGUUUGAAUGUUCGACGGCUCUCCAGGCAGGGAUUACCACUAUCAGCCUCUUCAACUUCUCGUUCCCACCAGCGCGAUACAGCCCAGCGUGCAUCAUGGGCUUACAACGGGCGUCUCUUCCGUUGCUCAAUGCUAGAGUGUACGGAAAGACCGGGUCACCAGUUUUGCAAGAGAAGCUUGAUCUUUUGCUAGGUGUACUGAAGGUAGCUGGCGAUGUCUGGCCUGUUGCCAGGAACAUUGGUAGUGAGAUGAGCGACGUGUUGAGGGACGCGAACACCACAUAUCAGCGCAACGUAGUAUCUGGGUUCAGUUCGAGCCUAGGCGCUUUCGUUACAGGCAUGGCAUCAUCUGGAAGCGUUCAACACCCCGACAUGUUCCCCUUCUCCGACCCCAGAACAGCAGAAGAGUUGUUUCGAUGGAGUCCUGGUUUUAUGUGA